AUGGACAGCGCGGGCAUGAGCUCCUUCCUGGACUUCCCCGUCCUCGGCGGCGGCGGCGGCGGCGACCCGGGGGCCUGCGCGGCGCGCGCCUACCCCGCGGACCCCGGGAUUACAACUCUGCCGUCCUGCGCCGUCAGUGCCAGCGGCUGCGGCGGCGACGACCGCUUCCUGGUGGGCAGGGGGGUGCAGAUCGGCUCGCCCCACCACCACCACCACCACCAUCACCCCCCGCAGCCGGCCGCCUAUCAGCCUCCCGGGAACCUGGGGGUGUCCUACCCCCACGCGGGCUGUGGUCCGGGCUACGGGGCGCAGAACUUGGGCGCGCCCUACAGCCCUUACACGCUGAGCCAGGACGCAGAACCACCGCGACGCCUGCCGCUCCCCCGCGCCCGACACCUCUCCGGCGCAGACCUUUGA